GAUACAAAAAACCUUAGAAACAACUGAAUAAACCGUUCGCAAAACCCUAAUCCCCGAUCCUUAAAUUCGACUCGUCUUCGUCAAUUUUGUAGAGGAAAUACCUAGAUUUUUUAUUUUGAUUUGUCUUGGAACUCGAACAAUCCGAAAUGCCACAUAACUUGGCUGGAAGAAAACAGAGCGGAGGAGAUCAAUCUGAUGGGAGCGGAUCCGCCGCAAAAACUCAUCGCCCAAAAUCUGGUAAAACCUCUGAAGAGAACGACAAAAAGAUCUUGAACAAGAAACUCAAAGAUGUCGAAAUUAGUGUUCCUAUAGUUUAUGGAACUAUUGCGUUCUGGCUUGGUAAAAAGGCGACUGAGUAUCAUUCGCACAAAUGGACCGUCUAUGUUAGAAGUGCAACAAAUGAGGAUCUUGGGGCUGUGAUAAAGCGUGUUGUUUUUCAAUUGCAUGCGAGUUUCAAUAACCCAACUAGGAUUGUGGAUUCACCGCCAUUUGAGCUAUCAGAAUCUGGUUGGGGUGAAUUUGAAAUUGCCAUUUCUAUAUUUUUUCAUGCCGAUGUUUCUGAUAAGCAAUUGGACUUACUUCACCAUUUGAGGUUAUACCCUGAGGAUGAUUCUUCAGCUCCGCAGUCAACCAAAAAACCUGUUGUUAUAGAGUCUUAUGAUGAGAUUGUUUUCUGUGAACCUUCAGAGGCUUUCUUUUCUCGUGUCCAGAAUCAUCCUGCUGUUUCUGUGCCUAGACUACCCGCUAGUUUUAACUUCCCUCCUUCUGGACUGCUGAUUGAAAAUGUGCAUGAAAGGAAAAGAGGUGAUACGAAGGACCACCCGUUAAGUCAGUGGUUCUUGAACUUUUCAGAGGCAGAUGAAUUAUUAAAACUUGCUGCGGCGCGUCAACAGGUACAAGCUCAUAUUGGUAAGCUCAGAAGACAGUUAACUCUGACGGAUGGGCAACCACAACACUCAAAACCCUCACCUGAUCAGUUUCAUCUUAAGCCAACUGGAAGCUUGUCGCAAUGACCCUCACAGUCCUCAGGGAUUGUUAGGGUUGUUUUUGCUGUUCAAUCUAAUAUAAGGAAACUUCCUUUGAGCUUUCUGCGAAGACCUCUAGUGGGCCGGACUUUCCUCGAUGUUUCCUUUAGUUGUUUUAAUGCUGCAGAUACAUGAAAUGUACCUGGUAAUUUCAUUGUCAUGUUAGCAUUAACUGAUGGUGGUCUACAUCCUGUUAAGGUAAUUUCAUUGAUCCUAUUUUUGUGGUGUUACAGUUGGUGCAACUCCUCAUCUUUCAUUAGAUACUCUUGGUUACACUUUAUCAGGGUUGGGUUUACAUCAGUACUAUAUUUUCCUCGAUAUUUCCUUGUAUCAUUGUCGCCAUUUCUAGUCGUCAGAAAACUUGGCUCCACAGCCUAUUUUCGUAUUAGUGAUUCAACUACAACAUCUUUCGGUGUCA